AUGGCUGAAGACCAAACGUUCGACUCCCUCCUCGACCUCCUUCGCCGUCUUCCUCCUACAAAGGUUGAGGACAACGUCAAUGUCUUGUGCGACCUCGCCCCAGAAUACGCCGACGACCUUCUGGGCAAUGUUGAUCAACCCCUGAAAGUACUCAGUGAUGAUGGUGAAGGACGAGAAUUCUUGGGCUGUGACUAUAACCGUGACGGAGAUUCUUUCCGCUCUCCUUGGUCUAACAAGUACCUUCCCGUUGAUACGCAAGGGCCAGUUCCUUCUCCCAGACUACGCCAGCUCGAAGUCGCUCUGAACUCUGCCUUUGACACUUACCGCGAGAUGUACUUUGAAGGAGGCGUGUCUAGCGUCUAUCUCUGGGAUCUGGACGAUGAGCCUCAGGGGAAGGAGAUGGCGUUUGCUGGUGUUGUCCUUGUCAAGAAGACCCUCUCACCCCAGGCCAAUGUACCCACAGCCCCUUCAGGCUCGUGGGACUCUCUCCACGUCUUUGAAUGCCAGGAGAGAGGGCGCUCCGCCAAGUACAAGCUUACCAGUACGGUCAUGCUCCUCAUGGACACCAAAACGCUGGCCAAAGCCGAGGAGAAGGGAUUGGAGAAUGCCGAGGGCAAGGGCAAUGUGGCGCUCAGUGGUAGCAUGACUAGACAGGCGGAGAUUGAUUACCCUCUUCCCACACCCCAAUCUCAUGUCGCCAACGUUGGUCGUAUGGUCGAAGACAUGGAGCUCAAAAUGCGCAAUCUUCUGUCUGCCGUCUACUUUGGCAAGACCAAAGAUGUCGUCAACGAGCUCCGGAGCCAAGCUGGGCUCGAUGCCAAGUCAAAAGAAGAUCUUUUGAGGGCUGAGUUGGCGGGCAAGUUGGGAGGCAGGAAGUGA